AUGGCACACAGGGAAGAGGAUGAACAUGUGCUGUCUAACAUACCUCGUGACUCGAUCAGCAGGCGGCCGGGCUUUGCACAGCCUGUAUCCCAGAUCUUGGAGGAUGAGAAAAUGCUAGGAUCGACAACGAGCCCACAUAUGUCAUCUUCAACGCCAGAUUUCUCUUACCGCUCGAAAGUAUCAUCCGGCACAAAGUAUCAUGAGCUUGGGUUUUCCACUGAUGAUGGCUAUCAGACACCUACGAAGAAUGAUUCGUUGCUCACAACAGACGCGCAACCGCACCAUUCUGUCGCAACCAGACAACGUCGUGGCGCAGUUUAUCAUCUAAAAUGCUGGAUUCCUGAGAUCAUCUGGUCCGUCCUGACGAUCGGUCUCUUGGCCGCUAUCAUUGCUGUGCUGUCUCAUUUUAAUGGAAAGCCGAUGCCACAGUUUUCUCUGGACUUGACAUUGAAUACGCUCCUCGCAUUCCUCAUUACCAUUUGUCGCACAAUGACGAUCAUCCCCUUAGCAGAGGCUAUUUCACAGCUCAAGUGGAAUUGGUUCGCUUCACAUCCAAGGCCUCUUCACGAUAUGUACCACUUCGACCAAGCAAGUCGCGGCCCAUGGGGUUCGUUUCUUCUCUUAAUCAAGGCAAGGGGAAGAUUCAUCUCAUUUGCUUGGGUUGCGGCACUGGUCUUUUUAUCUGGCCUCGUCACAUCUUUUCUUACUCAGUCGGCAAUAACGUACAAGAAAGAUUUCGUGGUGAACCCGGCCGGUAUCGUCUCAGCUCCAAUUGCGCAAUCCUACCCGAACCCAGCUUCAGAUUUCGACGAUUUUCAGGUUCAAGCGAAUCAAAUUGGGUACGGCAUGACUCGAAGCGCGUACCAAGCUGCCAUCUACACAGUGAAUGAAUCAUGGCCUGUUCCUCAGCCGACUUGCUCCGAGGUAAAAUGCAAUUGGUCCAGCUAUAGUUCAUUAGGAAUGUGUGCCAGCAUCAGGAACGUUACUGAUCAGCUCAACGUGACGACAACAUGGACCCAACCAUCUUCAGAUGAUCCCUCAGUCAACAUGACGGUAUACAAUGUCACUUUGCCGAAAAACUUGGGAUAUCUUCGUUGGAAAGACGUCGACGACAGUAUCCAACUAAACAUGACCACUCCUAGGAAAGAUCCAUAUGGCAUUGUCACGGACCAGGAUGCUCCGCUGGAAAACAGAUGGACCUCUCUCGGCGACUGGAACAACACAGACAUUCUUUCCGCCACAGUGGCCCAGUCUUUCUUCAUCUACAGUAACACCAACCCUGACCGGUCCCAAAAGUUCCGCGCUAUCGAAAUGCUUUACCACUUUUGCGUGUACAACUAUGAAUCCGAGUUCAUAAAUGGCACGUCUACCACGAAAACACUCUCUUCAACCGUCCAAAUUGACCAAAUGAAUUUCCCUGGCUACAAGUACGGACAAAAUUACACAUCUUUCCGAAUGAAAGAUGCGGAUGGUGAUGCCGCAUUCAACGUUACUGUGACUUACGCACACUCUCUGCUUGCCCUCAGCCUCGGCUUCAGCGGCGCUUAUACGCUGGGAGACUUCACUGGCGGCAGCGGUGUCUAUGGCGAGAAUCUUGGGCGCAACUUCUUCAACGACAUGUCGAGGUCAUCUUCGGAUGCCGAGAUAGACGAGAAAACAUGGCGUAAUGUUCAGAAACUGACCAACAAUGUUGCGGAUGGAAUGACUGCAUUUAUGCGAAAUGGAGAUAAUCACGAAAUGGUUAAUGGGACUGCUUACAAGGAGGAGACAUUCGUACGUGUCAGAUGGGAGUGGUUGUCUUUCUUGGUGGUCCAAAUUGCGCUCACCAUCAUAUUCCUCGUCGCGGUCAUGAUUCAAACGGCAAUCCUAGAUAUGGAUAUCGUCAAAAGUUCAAACACGGCCGAACUAUUCGCACUCCAGGGGCAAGGAAUCGAAAGGGUUCCUACACUCAAUGGGGAGAAUUCGCUAGGCGAGAGGUUUCAAUAUAAGGGAAUCAAGACGAGGGUCCAUGGGGCCUCGGAAGGAAGGUUAGUCCGGGAUCCCGGAUUUGGGUGGAAGCUUCACAUCGAUUAG